AGCCUUUCACUUCCUGCCCCAACAGUUCAGUUCAGGAAGAAGAAAUAAUGGCGACGCUUCUGGGGUCCGAGUCCCCUUGUAUUGGAGGAAAGCGAAGAAAUUGCAACAGCAAUAUCAUCACAAAGUUCACAGCCAGUAAAAUUACUGGCAGGGGGUUCAGUCGAGGGACACAGCUCCCAGGAGGCCUGCUCCAAGAGAGAGAUAAACGGGCCAAGUGGCAUGGCAUCCCUACUCUGCUGCAGAAGCUCUACGAGAGCAGCCAUCCAAACAGUGACCUCUGCCACGCCCAUAGCUUUCUUAAGGUAUUAUCAUCCCAACUCUCCAUGGAGGCCAUGUCUUUUGUCACGGAGGACAGGAAGACCGCUCAGGAAUCCACCUUCCCCAACACAUACACCUUUGACCUCUUUGGUGGAGUCGAUCUGCUUGUGGAGAUAUUGAUGAGACCCACAUUAACUAUGCAGAAGAAAAAACCCAAAAUGAAUGAUGACUUGGUCAAGGACUGCCUUAGUGUUCUCUACAACUGUUGUAUAUGUACAGAGAAAGUCACAAAGAGCCUGGCAGCGAGGGACGACUUCGUUCUCUUUCUCUUCACUCUGAUGACAAACAAGAAGACCUUCCUGCAGACUGCAACCCUUAUUGAAGAUAUUCUUGGGGUCAAAAAGGAGAUGAUCCAUUUAGAGGGCAUCCCCAACCUGUCGGGCUUGGUCCAAAGCUUUGAUCAGCAACAGCUGGCCAACUUCUGUCGCAUCCUGUCUGUCACCAUCUCAGAGCCUGAUGUAGGAAACGAUGACAAGCACACUCUGUUGGCCAAAAAUGCUCAGCAGAAGCGUAAUGCCAGCCCCUCACGGGCAGAGGUCAACCAAGUAACCCUGCUGAACAUCCCUGGCUUCAUUGAGAGGCUCUGUAAGCUGGCUACUAGGAAGGUUUCUGAGGCCACGGGAGCUAACUUCCUGCAGGAGCUGGAGGAUUGGUACACCUGGCUGGACAACGCUCUGGUGCUUGACGCCCUCAUGCAGAUGGCAACAGAGGAGGCUGAGCAAAGCAGUACAGAGUCUUCAGAUGAAAGUUCUCUGGCCACUAGCCCUCUUAGACAUCGACUGCCCCAGUCUAUGAAGAUCGUCCAUGAGAUCAUGUAUAAAGUAGAAGUGCUCUAUGUUCUGUGUGUCCUUCUUAUGGGCCGACAGAGGAACCAGGUCCACAAGAUGUUAGCUGAGUUCCGUCUCAUCCCAGGCCUUAACAACCUGUUUGACAAGCUGAUCUGGAGGAAAUACACUGCUUCAAAUCAUGUGGUGCAUGGCCAGAAUGAGAACUGCGACUGUAGUCCAGAAAUAUCCUUUAAAAUCCAGUUCUUGCGGCUACUUCAGAGUUUCAGUGAUCACCAUGAAAACAAAUACCUCCUGCUGAAUAGCCAGGAACUGAAUGAACUGAGUGCCAUAUCUAUGAAGGCCAACAUCCCUGAGGUGGAAGCUCUGGUCAACACGGACAGAAGCCUAGUGUGUGAUGGGAAGAAGGGUCUCCUCACACGCAUCCUCACAGUCAUGAAGAGGGAGCCUCCAGACUCCUCCUUCAGAUUCUGGCAAGCGAGGGCAGUGGAAAGUUUUCUCAGAGGUGCCACCUCCUAUGCAGACCAAAUGUUCCUCCUGAAGAGGGGACUACUAGAGCACAUCCUUUUCUGCAUCAUAGACAGUGGCUGUACGUCUCGAGAUGUCCUACAGAGCUACUUUGAUCUGCUUGGGGAGCUUAUGAAGUUCAACAUCGAUGCCUUCAAAAGAUUCAACAAAUAUGUCAACACUCCAGAGAAGUUUCAGACCUUCCUGACGCAGAUCAACAGUUCACUGGUGGACUCUAACAUGCUUGUGCGCUGCAUUGUCCUUUCAUUGGACCGCUUUGAGAGUCAGACUGAAGAUGUCAAAGUGGUGGAGGUACUUUCUGAAUGCUGCCUGCUGUCCUACAUGGCCAGAGUUGAGAACAGGCUGUCCUUCCUCUUCCGACUGAUCAACAUCAUCAACGUACAGACACUCACACAGGAGAACGUGAGCUGUUUAAACACCAGUUUGGUUAUCUUGAUGCUGGCCAGAAGAAAGGCUAAACUGCCCUUUUACCUCAACGCCUUGCGGGAGAAGGAGUAUGCAGAGAAGUACCCGGGCUGCUUGCUCAACAACUUCCACAACUUACUGCGCUUCUGGCAGCGUCACUACCUCAACAAGGACAAAGACAGCACCUGCUUGGAGAAUAGCUCCUGUAUCCCCUUCAGCUACUGGAAGGAGACAGUAUCAGUGCUGCUGGGCUCAGACAGGACUUCUCUGUGUGCCAUAGCGAGCUACAUUGAUGAGCCCUUCAUGGAUCUGGACAGAGACCUGCUGGAAGAUUGACCUUCAGUGUGUACACUCAAAGUGCUGGCGAUGAGACGGGGCAGAGGGUCACAGGGAGCAUGGACACCGAAAGCUGGUGAGGACUCCAUUGAGCUGAGCCAUCCAGGCACUUUGUGACUGUGAUCUGGAUGUAAAGACUCACCUGUUUGCUGUCUGUACCUACGCAUGGAGGCCAUCGUCACAGAUGUGAGCGGACAUCCUUUGCGUGGUCGUCUCUUUUUGGUUUUUGUUUUUUUUGUCACUAAGUUACCAUUCUCUUCUUCAAAGGAAGAGGGGGGGAAACCUGAUUGCCCGCAUCGUUUAACAGACAAUUAAGAGACGUUGUGAAAUGACACCUGCAUUGGUUGUUUGCUUUAGGUGAAAUUCAAAUAGAGCCUUUUAUAUAACCUAUACAAAAUUCUAUGAAAAAAAAAUAUGUAUGACUCAACAAAUUAUAUGUAAGAAGAAAAGUUUCUUUUCACGUGGACUUGGUUGGUCACUCAGUCACCCAUAUGUGCGGGUCAGUGGUGUGUCACAGGGCUGCGAUGAGUCACUGGCCUCACUGAUCCCUUACGGUACAAACAGAGGUUGCAUUAGACUUUAACGUUGUCCAUCAUUUUGACAGAUUGGAUCUUAAUGUUCUCUUUCUUUGAUGAUAAUGAAACAACCUGUUAAAUGGAGUUUAAUUUUCAAAAACAGCUCGAUCGCAGUAACAUUUUGAGCGAUCACUUUUCAUCUCAACGCCACAUGAAGCAGAUUUUUUUUUGUCUUGUUUCAAACUUGGGCGCAGAGACAGUGGAGGGAACUCAGUCAUCACAGCCAUCAUGGUCAAGUAUGGAUGAAGCAGUUUUAGUUUUACAGAAUCAGACCGUUAGAAUUAAAAGAUGAACAAACCAUUCGCAAUAAAUUAAACUCGGUUAACUUGCCGUAGCCUGCCCUGAGCUCAAGACUUUUCUGCUCUUGCUUGGCAAGACUCUGAAUGUGGAUUUCCCAAGCACUCGCCUCACCAGGAGGAAAUCCCACAGCAAACACUCCUUCUGCAACUAGUGCCCUCCUGCUGUCUGCACCUGGAUAGAGAAGUACGCUGAGUAUGGUGUUGAUGUCGGUGGUGAUUUGCCCACAUGGUCCAACGUGAAGCUUUUUUUUUUUUUUUUUUUUUUUUUUUUUUUUAUGGCUUUAGUUACCUCUGCAAAAUGUGCUCUGUGCACCAAGUGGAACGUAUCGUGAUGCUAAGUGACUGCGACACAUAGCUGGACAAGGAGGGGGGGGUGUCCCUACUACAGGUGGUCUGCAUGUGGUUAUUGACAGUUACAGUAGGUGACCGUCAUUGUUCUAAUCUGUCAAAAUGACGGAUGGCCUUGUUCAUCAUUGUUUUAAAAAAAAAAAAAAAUUUAAAAAGUCGGUCAGUGAUGGAAAACAUUCAGUUAACAUGACCCCUGACUACAGCCUCUCUGUGGGCUCCAUGACCACUCCACUGCCUGACCUGCUGGGGGAACUGGUGAUUUUUGGAGUUUUUGCAGGGGUCUUCUCAGUGAACAUUUAACCUGUCUGUGGGUCUGUUUUAUUAGGUGGCUAUUGUUGAUUGGUGCUUUCUGGCUCUACUCAGCACAUUUAGGUAGCUCGUGGGCCGGCUGGGGUCUUUCACAAAUCAAAUGGGGCUCCUCUUACCUAAAACCAUCCAUUGUUGGCUUCAGAAGCUUCACCCCAGGACUUGUUUCUUUACCAGGUUAUUUUUGUUGAUUUACUUUUGUCUUUGUUGAAAACAAUGGCUUUUAGCUCUGGGUAAACUGUAGAAUAAAACAUUGCACAGAUGAAAUUGUUUUAUUGUUUAUUAUAUUUUAACACUUUUGUUGAUUAAAAACGUCUUCAUUUUGUAACAGAAUCUGUAUCCAUGUUUUGAGAGAUGCUUUGGGAAAAGAAUAAACUAUGCAGGCGCUAGUGUUAA